CAGCAAUGGCUUCCCAAAAUCCAAAUUUUCAUUUUUCUCAUCAGAAAAUUGCGAAAUACGCCUGAUAUAUCAGAAUGAGUGGGGGCUUGGCGCCAAGCAAGAGUACAGUUUAUGUCUCUAACCUGCCUUUCUCUCUUACCAACAAUGACAUUGCUAAGAUCUUUGAGAAAUAUGGCAAAGUUGUGAAGGUGACCAUUGUGAAGGACAAGUAUACCAGAACCAGCAAAGGUAUAGCAUUUGUACUCUACCUGAAGAGGGAAGAUGCAUGGAAGGCAAUCAGGUCCCUCAAUAACACUGAGAUGUUUGGAAGAAACUUGAAGUGUAGUGUAGCCAAAGACAAUGGACGAGCCUCUGAAUUCAUCAGAAGAAAGGUUUAUCCUGAUAAAUCAAAGUGUUAUGAAUGUGGGGAGGAAGGCCACAUGAGCUACAACUGUCCAAAGAAUCUGCUUGGUGAGAGGGAACCUCCAAAAAAGAAAGAAAGGAAGAGGAAAGGAGACCACUUGGAUGAUGGCGACUCUGAUCAAUCAGACAAUGACGAUUCUGAGAAAGGUCCGCAGGACGAUAGCCUGGCAGCAGCCAUUCAAUACCAGCAACAGAAGAUGUCAGCAUCGGAGGAAUUAUCAAAGAAGUUCAUUGUGCCAUCGGGAAGUUAUGAAGAGGAUGAACCGAAAAGGAAGCAUUAUAAAAAAGAUGCUUAUUUCAGUGAUGAGGAGGAGCUGAGUGACUGAACAUUCUGGUUUGGUUAAAGAUUCUUGGUACAAAUUAGAUGAUCCCACAAGGAGGAAAACUCUGAACUGAACUCGAUGUCAAGUGUCUUUGACAGGCUAAUUCAGUGACAAAGAGAGCAUCACCAUGAUCACCGAGGCGUCAUCUCCCUGGACAGGACUUCUGCCAUAAAAUGGUUUGAUAUGCCUUAUGGUAUUCAGCUGACUGUCUGACCAGGCUUCGUGCUGGUAUCACUGUGCUGCCAUCUUAUGGCCUGAGGAAUUAGUACUACUUGAAUGAUAUCAUCUGCAGGCCAUCAUUGUAAUGUAAAAGGUUAUACCGAUUGGUAGUGGUUUUGUAAUAAACAUAAAA